AUGUUUGCUUUUAAUAGUUCAAGAAAAUUCACAGCCGGCGAAGUAGUUGUCAAUAUUUUAGAAACCCUGUCCCAAGCAAGUCCUUAUCAAAUCCUAAGUCUAGUCACCUACAAAGGCUCCAGUGCAUGUUUUUCUUUCCUAAGUCUUCGCAGUCCCCCGUUGUCCUUUUCUGACCUAACCUUACAGACAGCAGUACCCAUCGACAAACAACUCGAAUGCAAAAUUGAUGACCAUCCAGAUGGGACGGUGAUAUUAAACAUUGUAUCAAAGUAUCAAAUUACAGCACAUGUGAAAUCUGAUACCGAUACUGGGCAAUUUGUUUCUGAAAUAUACAGAGCUCAAGAAGGUUUUCGUGCCAGUGACAAUUUUGAAUGGCUGAAAAGUUAUAGUGAGUCCCCAGAGAGCCCUGAUUUGGCAGUUUUUCGACAUCAAAUCGUCAGGGGGGCUGAUUUUAUAGCACGAGACAUGGCUGCUAAAUAUCAUAUGCAGAUGAAGGAGAAGGAGUACACUUAUAAACAACCUUAUACAAUAUUUGUGGGUACAUGGAAUGUAAACGGUCAACCACCACCCCCAGUUUCACUAUCACCCUGGUUAGCAAGCGAUGUGGAGCCCCCUGAUGUUUACGUGGUUGGUUUUCAGGAACUAGAUUUAUCUAAAGAAGCCUUUCUAUUCAACGAUACCCCCAGAGAAGAAGAAUGGAGUGCAGCUGUAAUGCGAUCUCUACAUCCUGGUGCAGUUUAUGUGAGACUUAAAGUUGUACGGCUGGUAGGAAUUAUGCUGAUAUUAGCCGUUCAGGAAAAACAUAAACAGCAUGUACUUUUAGAAGAAAUAUUUGUGGAUACUGUUGGCACUGGAAUUAUGGGUAAAAUGGGCAACAAAGGAGGAGUAGGUCUACACGUAGAAUUGCACAGAACCACUUUAUGUUUUGUCAAUAGCCACUUGGCAGCUCAUCUUGAGGAAUACGAGAGACGAAACCAAGACUACAAGGAUAUUUGCAGUCGUAUGAGGUUCAAUCAAAAUAUCACCCUGGACCAACACGAUCAAGUCUAUUGGCUAGGAGAUUUGAACUAUCGUAUCACUGAUUUGGAUCCUGAUCAUGUAAAAAUCUUAUUAGAAGCAGAAGACUAUUCAACUUUAUUAGAAGCUGAUCAAUUACGCGUCCAGCAUUCUAAUAAAAAUGUUUUUAAUGGCUAUGAAGAGGGCCAGAUUACCUUUAAACCUACUUAUAAGUAUGAUCCGGGGACUGAUCAAUGGGAUUCUAGUGAGAAAAAUAGGGCUCCAGCCUGGUGUGAUCGUAUUUUAUGGAGGGGCAAUGAUAUUAAACAAAUUGCUUAUAGAAGUCACCCGCAGUUGAGAUGUAGUGAUCACAAGCCUGUCAGUGCACUAUUUGAAUCACAAAUGGUUGUAGUUGAUGAAGCAAAAUAUAGAAAAACACACGAAGACGUUAUGAAGCAAUUGGAUAAAUUAGAAAAUGAAUUUUUGCCUCAGGCAACUGUAGAUAGAACAGAAAUAGAUUUCGGUGACUUAUACUUCAUGGAGCCUCGUUGUCAAGAAUUAACAAUAGCAAAUGUAGGACAAGUGAAUGUUAGAUUUGAAUUUAUUAAAAAAUUAGACGAUACUAGUUUUUGUAAAGAAUGGCUACAUGUAGACCCAUAUACAUAUACAAUUAAACCAGGUGAUAAAUGUGAUGUACGUCUGACUGUGAUGGUUGAUAAAAGGAGCGCUUGUAAAUUAAAUUGUGGCCAGGAUAAACUUUAUGAUAUAUUAGUUUUGCAUUUGCAAAAGGAAGAUAUAUUUAUAACGAUAGCAGGGAAUUAUCAAAGGAGUUGUUUUGGGACUUCUAUAGAAGCUUUGGUGCAGGUCAAUGUUCCUGUACGGGAACUAACACCUAGUAAUCUUAUCGAAUUGGUAAGGGAAAAUGAUAAAUGA